AUGUCUCAUAAUAAUUCUCCGUCGUUACCGGUUCUUGAACCUCUAAGAAAAUUUCCUUCAGAGAUUGCAGCAAUUCAAUCACGGUAUGACAAUCAACCAAUAUCAUCAUAUUCAAACAAGGACAAUAACAGUAUUUAUAUCAAUUCAUUGCCUCAAUAUGAUCCACAUAUUACAUAUGAUGGUCUGGGCUACGUUGUUGGACUUGGUGCUAUUUGGCGUUUUCCGUAUUUGUGCUAUCGAAAUGGUGGUGGCGUUUUUCUAAUACCUUUUUUCAUAUUUUUAUUCUUAAUCGGUAUUCCAUUAUUUUUUCUUGAAUUAAAUCUUGGACAAUAUACAUCACAAGGAACAAUAAACAGCUGGAGAAUGGCACCGAUUUUCAAAGGCCUUGGAAUAUCAAUGUGUUUAAUGUCGUUUUUUCUCUGUGUCUAUUACAAUAUGUUAACCGGAUAUUCAAUUUUAUAUCUAAUAUUAUCAUUUCGAACAAAACUCGAUUGGUCGAGAUGUGGUCCGUGGUCUAAUUGUACAGAUGAUUACAAUCGAUUUAUAAUGCGAUGUGACUAUGAAAAUACCUAUCGCGAUCCGAAUGGCCGAUGUUAUUCAUGGGGUGAUCAAGGACUGUAUCAGAUUGGAUGGUGGAACCUUCAAAGUCGUUUGCUUGAUCGAAAGCCUGUGUUACCUUCUGAAGAAUAUUUCAAGUAG